AUGGGGGCGUCGUCGCCAGCUGGGUCCCGGGUGCCGACCUCCAAGGCCAGGCCGGUCACCGGGGCCCGGACGCCGCCGGGUGUGUGUGACAAAGCAAGGAGGGCCCCUCCCCGCUCGCCGGACUCGGCGGCCGCCCCAGCCGCGGCCAGCGAACUCCCGGAGCCAUCCCGGCCCGCCGAGGGUGGAGGCGGCUUAGGGGGGAACGAUUGCGCCGAACCCGUCUACACACCGCUAGACUCUGCCUCGGUCGACGCGGUGGUAGUCCCGUCAAAACCCCCGGGCCUCCCCCCCCCCCCUCACUGGCGGACGGAUCGCCCACGCCACCGCCCGAAGUCAGAUCGGAGUCCAAAUCGCGGUCCCCUCUCGGCCGCGCGGGACGCGGACCUGGACGCAAGGACCCGCACACGCGGCGAGCCAGCUGGUCGGGCAGAGGCGGGGCCGCCUGACCGACAGCGCGACGAAGCGGACCCAGACAGCGAGGGGAAGCCGCGGGCGGCCGAAGCGCAGAGCGCCUACGAAAGCACUCGCGCGUUCCGCGGUGACCCCCGCAACACCCACAGUUUGCCGAGCAGCCCUCAGUACCGCGGCCGAAGGCGCCGCACCGCCCACAGCACGCCGCGGCGCACGCAGUCGCCACACGCCCGACCCCACCACAACGCGCGCACACCCGGCGCACGCCUCUGCACUCGCACACGAUCCCGCGCCCCGCAACGGUGA